GGAAAAUUAUGAAAAUGGAAAUUUUAGCCGUUCAACAGUUCUACCAUCCAUCAGAUUUUGCCGGUUUGGGGUCUAAUAAAAUCAGAGAUUGGACCUCACCUUUAACACCACCACCAGAGGCCACUACCAAGGCCACCACAAAUCUACCCUACAAUCAAACAAAUACCAUCAAUAAAAUGAAAUGCAGUAUUAACAAUCAAAAGAACAAACGUUUGUCCGAAAGCCAAAGCAAGCGUUCAUCAACAUCAUCAUCGGCUACUAAUCCCAAAACCAACAACUCCAAUCAGGGUAGUGCAACCACCACCACCCACAACAAUAUCUACUACAGUGAAGACUUCGAUGCCACAGCCAUUAAUGAGUUGUCCCUACGUUUGCUGGAUGAGCUAAGGGCCGCCAAGAGCCGUCAUUUGUCCUGCACCGAAGUCUCGCUACCCUGUGAUCUCACACCACGCAUUGCAGCUGAAAUCCUUCGUCUGUCGGAAAAGGAACCCUGUGGUCUGCGCGGUUGCACCAUUUACAUUGAAUUCGAAGAUGAGCCGAACAACUCCCGACGCAUUGCCUCGCUCAAAUUGGAUAAGGAAACAGUAUCUACAUUUGAGAUCUAUCUGACACUGCGCCAGGAUCAUCGCGGUUGGGCCGCUCUAUUGCCGCAAUUCAUGAAGGGUCUGUCGCGUACGAUUACCAUUAGUCCGGAAUUCAAUAUCACCAAGAACAAGCUAUACUCUCCCUUGAUGAGCAGUAGUUAUAGCUAUACCAGUUCUAAGGCCAUUUCAACGCCCACAGCAUAA